AAAUUGGCAAUUUGUGGAAAAUUAUUAAAUUUUCCAUAUAACCGUCAAAAAUUGGAACAAUUUUCUUGGUAAUCAGUUACUAUAACUAAUCAAUCUGAUAAGAAAUGCGAUAUCUUCUCUCAUUUUAUUCUGCGAUACUUUGUGUGCCUCACAGUGUGGUCUCAGAUGCUAAGCCAUAAGCAUUUGAAAAAUUUAUUCUUUUAUGUUUUUUUUGUGUGAUAAAAAUGCGUGAAUUUGUGGAUUUUUUGGCAAGGAAUGCAAGGAGAAAGUGUUGGAUUCUCAUCUUGAUUUUUAUUUACACAUUUGUUGUGUGGAAUCUCGGAAAAUCUCACAAAUACACCUUCAAUGUUGUCCAGCAGAAGAGGGAUCUUCAGCAGAGGAUCAUUGAAGUGGACGAUCCACCAGCACCUGAUCAGAAGUUUCUCAUUGAUCUGCGGAAUUUUGACUACACGAUCAAUCAGAAAUCCUGCAGACAGCUGAAGAUCAAACCGAGGUUCAUUGUACUCGUGCAUAGUUCCCCAGCAAAGAGGGAGAAUCGCGAUAACAUUCGUCAAACAUGGGGUGGAUGGAAGGUUGAUCAUCGAGUUAUCUUCCUCUUUGGCGCCGUUGCGUCUGAAAAUCUUCAGCGGGAAAUUCAAGCAGAAAGUGACUUCUUCGGUGAUAUAGUUCAGGGGAACUUUGUGGACUCCUACAGGAAUCUCUCGUACAAGCACGUGAUGGCCAUGAAGUGGACAUCGGAGUUCUGUCCAGAAGCAAAAUUCAUAUUUAAAUCCGACGAUGAUAUCUUCGUCAAUACACCCCUUUUGUCGCAAUUUAUUCAAACUCUCGGUGGAAUCCCGAACUUCAUACUCUGCGCAAUGAGCUGGAAACCUCCUGUUGUGCGCGAUGACACCUCAAAGUGGUACGUUUCACCAGAAGAGUAUCCCAAUGCCACGUAUCCAGUCUACUGCCCCGGUUGUGGAGUCCUCAUGUCCACAGAUGUAGCCAAAAAGCUGCACAAAGUAGCAGAAACAACUCCCUUCUUCUGGGUGGAUGAUGUCUUCGUGCUGGGAAUUCUUCGGGAGAAGAUUCGAGUAAAAAUAACUCCAGUAGCGAGUCUCCUACUGAAAUCAAAGAUAAGUGAUGAGAUAUUUUAUGAGAAUAAGAGGAACAUCACCGACGUAUUGCGCUACUUAUAUAGCUUUGAAAUAACAAAUGAGCAAAUAAAAGAUAUCUGGGGAGUUGUUAAAAAUGCGUCAGACAGUGGAUUCUACAGUGUUAAGAAAUUACAUUAAAAGGAUUUUAAAAAAAACGAUUUUUUAAUCUUUUGAAAUUUUUUAAAUUCAUUUUCUUCAUGAAAAAUAAUUUUGAAACAAUCCUGGAAAGUC